CCCCCAAGGUUAUCGUUGUCGGUCAACAGUUAAGCUUUCAAAAAGAAGGAGAUGAGCCAUUAGCAUCCCUGAAAUAGGUCGCCGUGGAGCUCACAUUUUCUCCACAAGUUCCUCAUUCCCCAUUCUUACGGUAAGAAUUUCAAAGAAAUUCGAAAAAUUCAGGGAGAUCCAAAUCCCUAAAAAGGGGAACACGGUCAAAUCUUGGCAAAGAAAUCAUAGGCAUUUCCACAUGGAAUAAUUGGCAAGAAAUCCAAAAUUCCACUGGAUCUUCCCUCUUAUAGUCUUCUGUAAAGUCUGUGACGACCCGCCAUUUACCUCCCACUCCCACUCCCAAACCAAAACAAAACAACCCGUGACUUAUUAUCCAUCCACCCCGUGACUUCCAUUCACCUUUUACCAAAUCCAAUCACCGACCCUUUUUCCAAAUCCAAUCAUCGAGCUUUUGUGUGUGUAUAUAUAGAUUUGCGAUGACGACCACCCAUCACAGAAAACCCACAAAACCCAGAUGCUCUUUCUUACAUUUUUCAAAACCGUCCAAGUUCGUUGUAAUCUCCAUGGCCUCCGUAUUCUUUUUAUCCAUUCUCUCUCUCGUCCUCUUCCUCUCCCUCUCCUCCGCCACCCGCCACCACUCCCCAGCCCGUCAACCCACUCCCAACGACCCCUCUACCUCUGCCCCGCCUGCGAUCCGCCAGGCGUGUAAGGCCACGCGCUUCCCUGUCGCAUGCGAGAGCUCUUUGACACUUUCCAAGCGCGUGUCCUCCAAUCCCACAUCUCUCGAGCUCAUCCAGUCGGCCAUCUGGGUCUCCUCCCAGAACCUCCACACCGCCCAGUCUAUGGUCAAGUCCAUCCUGGACUCCUCCGCCUCUAGCCAGAACCGCACCACCGCCGCCAAGAACUGUCUCGAGGUCCUCCACAACUCCGACUACCGGAUCUCCCAGACCACCAACGAUGCCCUGCCAAAUGGCAGGGUCAAGGACGCCAGGGCCUGGCUGAGCGCCGCGCUGCUCUUCCAGUACGAUUGCUGGUCCGCGCUCAAGUACGCCAACGACACGAGCAUGGUGAACGAGACGAUGUCGUUUCUGGACUCGCUGACCGGGCUCACGAGCAACGCGCUGAGCAUGGUGCUCGCGUACGACAUUUACGGGAAGGAUACCGGGUCGUGGGCCGCGCCCAAGACGGAGCGCGACGGGUUCUGGGAGGGAGGCAGCGGGUCCGGGUCGGGUUUCAAGGGCGGGGUUCCGUCGAAUUUGAAGGCGGACGUGACGGUGUGCAAGGACGCCACUGUCGGGGGCUGCUACAAGACGGUGCAGGAAGCCGUGAACGCGGCGCCGGAUAACGGAGGGGAACGGAGGUUCGUUAUACACAUAAAGGAGGGGGUGUACGAGGAGACGGUUAAAAUUCCAUUGGAGAAGAAGAACGUGGUGUUUUUGGGUGACGGAAUGGGCAAAACGGUCAUCACGGGGUCGUUGAAUGUGGGCCAGCCUGGGAUUUCCACCUUCAACACCGCCACAGUUGGCGUUUCCGGUGAUGGAUUCAUGGCCACUGGUCUCACAAUCCAGAACACCGCCGGCCCCGAUGCCCACCAAGCAGUUGCCUUUAGAUCGGACAGCGAUUUAUCCGUCAUCGAGAACUGCGAAUUCCUAGGCAAUCAAGAUACUCUCUACGCUCACUCCCUCCGCCAGUUCUACAAAUCUUGCAGCAUCCAAGGCAAUGUGGAUUUCAUUUUCGGAAACUCCGCCUCUGUUUUCCAAGAUUCCCAAAUCUUAGUCCGCCCCCGGCAGCUCAAGCCGGAGAAAGGCGAGACCAAUGCCGUCACUGCACACGGCAGAACCGACCCGGCCCAAGCAACGGGUUUUGUUUUCCAAAAUUGCGUCAUCAAUGGCACCGAAGAAUACAUGGCAUUGUACAAUAGCAAACCCCAAGUACACAAGAAUUACUUGGGGAGGCCAUGGAAGGAGUACUCGAGAACAGUUUUCAUAAACUGCAACCUAGAAGCUCUUGUUACCCCGGAAGGUUGGUUGCCAUGGAGUGGCGAUUUUGCAUUGAAAACGCUUUAUUAUGGGGAGUUGGGAAAUUCUGGACAAGGUUCUAGUUUGACUCAGAGGGUAAAAUGGAGUAACCAAAUCCCUGCAGAGCACGUUCACACAUAUUCUGUAGAGAAUUUUAUUCAGGGAAAUGAGUGGAUUCCAUCAUCUUAGUUUAGUAUAUGUCAAUAGAGAGCAUUUCAAACAAGUUUUUAGCUUAUAAAGGUUUAAAAAGAGCUAGCUCCAUCAUAUUGUUACACUAAAUCUUACAUUUCCAACAAUGUAGCUUAUUUUCUCUCUUUUUUUUAUAAAUAAUUUCUUGCCAUUUCCUUCACCCAUCUCUCUUUUGUCAUCUCUCUCUGUGGCUAGAUUGAGUUUCGUCUCUCUAGUGUGAUGGGUAUUUCUGCAGAGGAAGAUGCUACAGAGAGAUGUUAGUGUUUGUAAAUAAUGGCAUAAGAGCAUGCUAAUGUGAAAGUCAAUGGUUGUCUAAAUUUAGAUGAUGAAGGCUAAAAAGAGCUCUAGUAAAAUGUCUUCUCGUUCUCUAAACCCCACACUUUGCUGUAGUGUCUACUUAUAUUUUGGCAACAA